ACCAAAGGGCAGGUCUGUGGCUGGUGCCCACGGGCUCCUCGUCCCCCUUGUGGCCACCAGCCCCCCCGUGGGCCUCGGUGCAGCUUCAGGGAGCUGGCGGUAGGGGAGGGCCUGGCUGACUGCGCCGGCCCUGGCAAUCCCGUGAGCCGUAAAACCAAACGUCCGGGCCGCCUGCUAAUUAAACCCUUGGCCAGCAGCGCGGGGCCUGGGGCUCUUGGCUGGGCUCCCAGUAGGUAACGCAGUGUCCUUGGUGUUGCUGCCGGGUCCCCGCUGUGUCCCGGGCCCCCCUACAGGGCCAUGCAGGUUCUCCAGCCCUCUCCUCUGCUGACUCCGGUCCACUGCCUUCCCGGGAGAGGAGAGAGCCCUCGGAAGAGCUUUGUGAACUGGGAAGGGCUUCGGCGCUGUUCCUCCCGCGGAGCUGGAGCUCUUCACCCGAGGUCGUGCCGUGGGCCCCCCGGCCCCCAGGCCUGCGGGGCGUGCUGUGGGCAGGAAGCCCCAAGGCCGGUGUGUGGCCAAUGCUGGACUUGCUCGGGGGAUGGAGAGGGGACCUGGCUUGGCUCUCUGGGCAGGUGCGGCCGGGGUGGGGGGGACACAGUUCCGGGGGCGUGUGCUGGAAGGUGCUUCACGGGGCACAGAGCAGGGGUGGGUGGCCCAUGGGACUGGGGGUGGGAAGGUGCUUGGUGUUCCCUGAGGGCCUGUGGGCCUUGCUUGGGCUGCCAGUGUGGCCGCUGCGGCCCCCAGAUCCCUAUCCCGCCCUCUGCCUUCUGCUCCUGCCCCCAGGGUGCCCACCCGCCCGCGGGGGCUCUGCCAUGUCCUGCCUUCCUGUCCGCGCCACCUGUGACUACUGACCUUGUCCCCAGAAGGUGGGGGAUGCUGGGCUUGGGCUGCUCACUCCCGUGCCCUGGGCCGACCUGCUGGUCCUCAUCUUCCAGGAAGGUGGGGAAGAUCCAAACCUGUGGUAACCUCUGGGUCAGGGUCUGGGGUCCGUGUCUAUAUCUGGGCUUGGGGAAGUGUGGCCACCCACGUGCUGUGGGGUCAGGAGGCUCUGCUGCCGGGACAGCUAUGGUGGAGGGUAACAGACAGCCCCUCUGCCACAUUUCUCCCCCCACGCCGCCCCCCUACCCACUGGCAGAAGCAGGGGUGUUCAUGGGUUUCUUCUCCAAGCCAAGUGAGGCAGAGCAAGCACACUCCCCAGACACCCAGUGGGCGGGGGAGGCCGCAAGACUUGGACCAGGAAACCGCACCCCCACUCCAGCAGCGGUCACCUGGGACUCUGACCUCCUGUCCCUGGGCCACCUGGUCUCCUCGGGGCUCUACCUGGCUGGCGGCAGAAGGCAGGCCUGAAAGGUGCCCACCCAGGUCAGGAGAGGCCAAGUCUCUUCCUGCCAGUGUCCUGGUGCCCCGGGGACAUGGGUGACCCCCCCGCACCGGCCUGCAGGCCCCGUGUGAAGGAGCCUGGCCCGCAUGUGUGAGCCCUUCUCAGUCGUCCGUCUUUGGGGUCAGUUCAGUCGUGACCACGUGGGGACACAUGAGAACAUUCUUCUGAUGGGAGAGGGGGCCUUACGGCCAGACACAGAGGUCCUUCUGCACGGGCGGAUGCUGGCAGCGACUGGGGAGCGAAACUUCCGGAACCUCUCAUACACUUUGGGGGACAGGCACUUCACCGCAGCCUCCAUGGCUGCUUGGCGCGUGCCCGGAGCCCUGGACGCUGGCUGCAGAGCCAGGAGCCUGGACCUAAGUCCUGCCUGGACCUCCACAGGAGUCCUUCGCCUCUGAGACAUUCCCCGUCCGCAUCUGGACAGGGGGACAGCCGAGCAGGCUGCCCCUGCUCCCCGGCCUGUCCCCAGCCCCUGCUAGCAGGGGGAGGGCUGUCGGCUGGGAAUAGGACCCGAGCCCCUUCCGUUCCACCGGCCGCACCGCUGCCCUGCCAGCGCUGGGAGCCAGCGGGCCACGGUUCCCCGCUCACGCCCCCACCCCGGCCCGGCAUCCAGGAGGGCUGUCUGGGCGCCACCCGCCUGCCGGGUACCAGCUCCCUGGCUGGGCCGAUGCCAGAAGAGCAGUCAGGGACGGCUCACGGGCCUUCUCUGGGCGGGCCGGGCGGGCUGCCCCUCAGACAUCCCGGGGUGCCUCCGGGAGCUGGAGACCCAAUCCCUGGGGCACGCACAGACCCCCCCUUUCUUGCUGUGUCCCCAUCUGCAUGCGUGCUGGGUGCGUGAGUGAAGGAAGGAGUGAGAGGCUCCGGGCUGCAGGGUGGGGGUCACCUGGCGUUCCUGCGCGCCCCGGCCCUCUGACCUCUGACCUCUGACCUUGCUGUCCCUGGCGCUUCGUCUCUGACCUCCUGCUUUGGGCAGAUGAGCUUCUCCGAGACGCUCUCCUGCUUAGCCCGGGUGUGAGGAGAGGACUAGGGCCACAUGCCUUGGGCUCCGCCAGCAGCAGCAGAUGGGCUCCCCUGCCCCCGGAUUUGAGUUUCUGACGCCCUUGCUGGUUGUUUGUUUAUUUUGGUAAAACACACAGAACAUGGGGCGCCUGGCUGGCUCAGUCGGUAGGACACACAACUCUUUUUUAUUGUUAAAUUGUAUUUAUUCAUUCUGGAGUAAUCCCUACACCCCACGUGGGGCUGAGCUCACGACCUCAGGGUGGAGAGUCCCCCGUUCCUGCCCCUGAGCCAGCCCGGCAGCAGGCACGUGAGUCUGGAUCUCGGGGUUGUAAGUUCAGGCCCCAUGUCGUGUGUAGAGAGCACAUAAAAUGAAAAAAAAAAAAAAAAAAGAUACAAAGCAUAAAAUUGAUCAUCUUAACCAUUUUUUAAAAAAUUUUAUUUUUUUGAGAGUGAGAGCGCGAGCUGGGGUGGGGCAGAGGGGGAAGCAGGCUCCCCAAGGAGCAGGGAGGCCAGUGCGGGCUCCAGCCCAGGACCCCAGGAUCAUGACCUGAGCCGAAGGCAGACCCUUCCCUGACCGACUGCCCAGGCGCCCCCGUCUUCCCCAUGUUGAAGCGCGCGG